GCCUCCCCUCAAUCCCAAGUACAUCUCUCAAUCGCCAUAUUGGGUACUGAAAAGGUUUGCCUGCAAUUUCUUUCCUCUCACUACGGAGCGGAGUGGACCGACUGGCUACGUUUUGCUGCACUGGGUAUUCAUGUUCAGUGAAGACAACCAUUGCUCGCUUUGCCAUUGCGGCGCUCACCGUUUUUGAUCUAGACAUAUGCAUGACAUGCGUGCAUUUCUGUUGAUCUGUCGUUUUACGCGUGUGUUGGAUUUGACUGAGCGAAUACGAAAAACGCAUUUUGAGUGUUAAUAUCUGGACGCUCUCCGAUCUCUUGGAAAAUGUCAAAUGUUCGUCUGUCGAACGGGAGUCCGACGUUGGAGCGGACGGAUGCCCGGGUGUCUGAGCACCCGAAACCGUCCUUUUGCAGAACUCUUUUCGGCCCCGUGGACCACGAAGAGUUAAAGAGGGAAUUAAAGGGACAUUUCAAGGAGAUGGAAGAUGAUGCCUCUGCAAAAUGGAACUUCGACUUCGCGAACCAUAAGCCGCUGAAGAACGGGAGGUUCAAGUGGGACUUGGUGGAUUGUAAAGACCUUCCCGAUUUCUACAACCAACCUCCUCGCUCGUCGAGAUCGUCGACGUACUCCACUGGGAAUAACAACGUGGAUUUUAACGGGAAUCGUAGUUGUGGUGGGAUGGGAAGUGCCCGGACGCCCCCCGCAGAGAGCGAGCGAUGCGAGAGUCAGAUGGACGGUAGCGAGCAGAGCCAAGGACAGCGGAAAAGACCUGCCUGCAACGACACUGCGCCCCAAAGUAAAAGGUCAUACACAAGUUCGGAUGAAGUUCGGCAAAACGUGACACGUUCGGCCGAGCACACACCAAGAAAGUCCAGUCCCAAGACACAGACGUGAGACCGAGAAAGAUCUGAAGAUGUAUUUCCCCUUUGGUGCGGGAGAGAGAGCUCAGUGUUGGCCGACGUGGAAGAGGAACUACACAACAGAAACAUAUCAACUCUCCUGGGGACGGGGGGAGGGGCACUGAAUAGAAACACUAAAGUUGUGGCACUCAAAUUAAAGUUACUGCCUCUAAAAGCAGUGUAUGUAGCAGUGUGCAAUUAGGUUGAAAUUCCCUUUUUGCUCUUUUUCUCUGUGUGUCUGUGUGUGUGCGUGUGUGUGUGUGUGCGUCUGUGUGUGUGUGUGUGUGUAUAUACAUAUAUUUCUCUCCAAAUGUAGCACAUAAGAAAACAUGAUAUGAAAGCAAAUCCUUUUAUGUAAAAAAAAAAAGUGUGAAUAUUGAUUUGACUUGAAUUGCAGUGUAGUUUGAUGGUUGUUUUUUUUCCCUCCAAAUGCUGUUCCCUAUAUUUUGCCUCAAGACGAUUUGACUUUGCCAUGGUCUCCAUUUUACAUUUACAUUUAGGGCAUUUAGCAGACGCUUUUAUCCAAAGCGACUUACAUCAGUUAAUACACACAUUACAUCCACAUCCAUUUGCCACCCAAACAGGCUUCUGAAGUGUUAUCUCAAUAGGUCACCCCCUCAUAGUCUGCAGUGAAGAACGGUACCGAUGUAGCUCCUUUCUUGUUUCUCGUGGUCGCUUCCUUUUUUUUUUUUUUUGCAUUUUCCACGGCCAUUGGCACAAAGUGUCAACACAAAAAUACAGGUUCUCAUUUCACUUUUUUUUUCCAGCCCCUAGAAGAUCAAUACAGCAUUUCGUUUUUUAUUUUUUACAAAUAUCUAUAACAUGUAAUGUUACAUCCUUUGCUGUAGUGUAAAAUUGUGUUUCUCAAACCACCUAAUAUUUAUUAUGUCAAAGAGCUGUUAUGGUAUUGAUUUAAAUCCUGGAACGUUAUAUAUUAUUAUUAUUAUUAUUAAUAUUAUUUCACUCUCAAAAAGUUCUCCCAUUACUUUGUGACAUGUUCAGGUGCAUGUGACUACCCCCUGUAGAAUUGUGAGGUACUUUUAUGCUGAAGGAGACAACAUAAACUGCACAGGUAGUGUUUUUAUUUUAAUUUUAUUUUUGUUCAAUAUCAUGCCAUCCUCCUGUCCCCUGUCCCUAGGACUUAUCUUGUUGCUGUUUUAAUUAUAUAUUUUUUGGAAUAGGAGCUUUUAUUUUCAAAACGAGAUGACUGUCCUACAAUGCCAAAUACAUGGUUGCUCCGGUAUGGCUGCCACA